UUGGCAAACCUUUUCCUCGAGGCAGCAACACCGCAACAGCAGCAAGGAUUCCCCAAUUCCCCAUCUCCCGUAGCACGCGCUUCCCAUCGGAAUCCAUCGCCAUGGCCUCCGCACCGACGCCGCCGCCCCUCCUCCCGGUGACCAACCCCGCCCCCGGAUCGUCCCCGGCCACCGCCGGCGGCUCCGACGCGCCGAUCGCGCAGCCGGCCUUCCGGCUCUUCCUGAGCCGGGUCUCCGACUCGGCGCGGCGCUCGCUGUCCGACCGCCGGCCGUGGGGGGAGCUCCUCGACCGCUCGGCGUUCUCCAAGCCGGAGUCCGUCUCCGACGCCACCUCCCGCCUGCGCCGCAACCUCGCCUACUUCCGCGUCAACUACGCCGCCGUGGUCGCCUUCGCGCUGGGGGCCUCGCUCCUGGCGCACCCCUUCUCGCUCUUCAUCCUCCUGGGCCUCCUCGCCGCCUGGUGCUUCCUCUACCUCUUCCGCGCCUCCGACCAGCCCGUCGUCCUCUUCGGCCGCGCCUUCUCCGACCGCGAAACGCUGCUGGGGCUCGUCGGCGCGUCCUUCGUCCUGCUCUUCUUCACCUCCGUCGCGUCGCUCAUCAUCUCCGGGCUGCUCGUCGGCGGGGCCCUUGUCGCUGCGCACGGCGCGUUCCGCAUGCCCGAGGAUCUCUUCCUCGACGAGCCCAACGCGGCCGCAGGCAACAGUGCUGCCCAAGGGCUUCUGUCCUUCCUCGGGGCACCCGGAUCUGGGGUUUGAGGCGGCGGACGGCAAGAUCUGGUAGGGUUUUGCGCUCGAGAAGUUCGUCUUAAGCUGGAAAUUGUGUGGAUCUAGUCCUGUAGCUGUAGCUUAUUGUUUCCCCUAUUCGUCCUUGUGUACCUACAGAUCUACUGGCUUAGUAUUGGUUUCAAUCGGUGCACCGGCUUUUGCAAAGACCUUGCAAAUCUAUCCUGAGAUUUUACUCUAUGAUUCGAUUUAGUGCUAAGUAUUCGAGUAAUGUGAGUUCAUGAUGUCGAAUUAUCAAUACAAAUGGUGUCUUCAUUCGCACGCUGUUAUGAAA